AUGUCUGCUGUCCUCUGCAUCUGUGGCCACUCAGUGCGGUGCCCUCAUGGAGGAGCUUCAACCGGCGAGUUUCAUCCAGCUGGUCAACUCCUUCGCGCUCGCCCCACUGCCAGCGUUGAGGUCUCUGCCCUUCACCCGACGGCCGUCUUCGGCGAUCGUGGGGGAAGUGAGGCUCCGUCGGCCCCUGGGGUGGACCUGGCCGCCCAUGGAGACGGUGAAGUCUGCAAUAAUGCUCUAGCGGCACUGACGAUGGGUGGUACGCCUGCCUUCGAGGUGGAGGUCUUCCGAGGGUCAUCAUUGGAUACGUCCCCAUUGGAGGUGGAAGGGGACAUUGAGAUCAUCAACUGGAGGGACACCAUGAGCUUCAGGCGCACGGUGGCUCGGAUACUCGAGGGGUCAGUACGGGGCGUGGCCGGAAGAGUUCUCCGACAUGGUAUUACUGGCGAUGAAGUUCUCGUGAGCUCCCAUAAGGAGGGGAUCCUGCUGGCUUAUCAAGUGCCUGGACCACACAUAGGGUUUACAGCGUAUGCUGAGGCUGCCUGGGGAGGGACCAGGGCCCAUCUGGACGUCCUUGAUGACCUACACACCCUACAGGAGAGGCUCAUGCAGUCGGGGGUUGAGGCCUCCAUAAGGGUUCGGGAUGUGAGGGUGAUGAGUGGGUUGGUGUAUAGGGCCAAGAGGGCCCUCUAUUCGUACUGCUCCCAUUUGGACCAUCGAGGGAAACUGUCGGUUGUGGCCCCGGUAUCGGUGGCGGAGGAGUGGGGGAGGGAGGAGGCUCAGAGUCAACCUCGGGAUAGAGGAAGGUUGGGGAGGGGCUCGAGGGGACCAAGAAGGGGAACGCCCAAAGGGCAUAAGAAGGGAGAGGAAGGUACUCUACCAGUUUCGAGAGCGAUGGCGGCCGCUGGUGAGGCCGGAGGGUCAGCUUGGGAUACGCUGUAUGGUGGCAGCGAUGGUGUGGUUGGGGAGGGGGUAGGACAGGAUGAGGGCUUCAGGGUGGCAGAGGGGCUGGCCGGAGGAGGAGCAGCAUCGGGGGAGGACGUGCUCGGACAUAUAGACAGCCCAGCCGGGGAGGAACUUGCUGAUACUGGUUACCACAUAUCAAAAGGGCCGGAGGGGAACAAUCGCAAGGGAGAGGACGGUCAUCCGGAGAUAGAGGACGGUCAUCCGGAGGUAGAGGACGGUCAUGCGGAGGUAGAGGACGGUCAUCCGGAGGGAGAGGACGGCCGCCCUGAGGUAGAGGACGGUCAUGCGGAGGGAGAGGACGGUCAUCCGGAGGGAGAGGACGGCCACCCUGAGGUAGAGGACGGUCAUGCGGAGGGAGAGGACGGUCAUCCGGAGGGAGAGGACGGUCCCCCUGAGGUAGAGGACGGUCAUGCGGAGGGAGAGGACGGUCAUCCGGAGGGAGAGGACGGCCACCCUGAGGUAGAGGACGGUCAUGCGGAGGGAGAGGACGGUCAUCCGGAGGGAGAGGACCGUCACCCUGAGGUAGACGACGGUCAUCCAGCGGAGGAAGAAAGCCAUCCAGAGGGGCAAGAGGGCCACCAUGAGAAAAUGGGUCUUCAUGAGGGUAAGAAGCGGCACCGCGUACAAAACGGUCCGCGCAGGUAUGUAGGGAAUCUCGAGCAAAUCGACAGAACUCUGUUGGGCCCAGUCGGGUCCAGUGACCUUCCUAGGUGGGAAGAUGUAGCCGAUGGUGCGGCCCAAUCGGACCCUGGUCAGUUAGAGGGGGGAGUACCGGAGAUGCCGGGUGAUGGAGUAGCUGACGACCUGGGCCAGACGGUGGAUGGUGUUCCCGAUGGCCUCUCAGAGUCAGGCCUGGCUGCUCCUACUAGCGAUUUCGGACCAGACUUCAAUGCUUACCAUUCUGAAGAGGUCAAGUCAGUUGAUCCUGCUGAGGACCUUGGACCAGGCUCGGACGCUGGCUAUCUUGAAGGGCCUAACCCGGUUAGUCCCACUGGGGGCUUCGGACCAGGCUUCGAACCAGAGAACAGGACCCCUGAGGAGUCGGUCGGAUCGGGAGCAGUCGAUGACUUCACAUAUCACUUUGACGAGGACACCAUGGAGGACGCAGCUCGGUUGCCAUCACCACGCUACCCUGUAGAUAGUGGAAAAGUUGUGCCAGAUGUUGGCCUGGGGUCGGUGGCCAACACUCCGUCAGUCUCCACUCAACCGACAAGGAGGCCGGGGAGGGGCCUGAGUAAGCCUCCUGCGAGGUCUAGGCAUGGCCAGGAUGAUUAUGAUGAUACUAUUGUGGAGGGGGUAGCGACUAAUGCCGCCACUCCGACGUCAAGAGAUGCUCUUACUAACCAGCCGGUGGGGGCGCCUCUGGCUACGGUAGAAAGGCCGCUCCCUCCGGGCCUCAUCCGAGUAGCGAGAGCUGAUGUCGAGGACCACCGUGUCACCGGGAGUGAGAUUGACCCGGUGGUUCGAGAGAGGGAACUCCACGAACCCGAUUUCGGCCCUGGCUUUGGAGUCGACAGUGGAGGCGAGGGUCAGGGGCUGCCUGAGCCGGUCCAAGGGGAGGAUGGGGUCAUUGAAGGUGUCGAUGAUGGUAGGGAUGGGGUGGCUGAGCCGGUCCAUGGAGAGGAUGGGGUCAUAGAGGGUGUCGAUGAUGGUAGGGAUGGGCUGCCUGAGCCGGUCCAUGGGGAGGAUGGGGUCAUUGAAGGUGUCGAUGAUGGUAGGGAUGGGGUGGCUGAGCCGGUCCAUGGAGAGGAUGGGGUCAUAGAGGGUGUCGAUGAUGGUAGGGAUGGGGUGCCUGAGCCGGUCCAUAGGGAGGAUGGAGUCAUUGAAAGUGUCGAUGAUGGUAGGGAUGGGCUGCCUGAGCCGGUCCAUGGGGAGGAUGGGGUCAUUGAAGGUGUCGAUGAUGGUAGGGAUGGGCUGCCUGAGCCGGUCCAUGGGGAGGAUGGGGUCAUUGAAGGUGUCGAUGAUGGUAGGGAUGGGCUGCCUGAGCCGGUCCAUGGGGAGGAUGGGGUCAUAGAGGGUGUCGAUGAUGGUAGGGAUGGGCUGCCUGAGCCGGUCCAUGGAGAGGAUGGGGUCAUUGAAGGUGUCGAUGAUGGUAGGGAUGGGGUGGCUGAGCCGGUUCGUGGGGAAGGCACCAGCGACAGGCUUCCGCACGGGAGGGGUAUCGAAGGAGUUACCGAGGACAUCUUUUUUAAGAUGGAGGGCCUUACGAGCUCUACUACUGGUCCUCAGCCCGAGAAGGUUGGCAACACUCUCGAGGGUGUUGCCGCGGCAGGCGGUAGAAUACGUCCCCCUCCAACAAUCGCACCGACCAAGCCAGGCCAUGGUCCUUCCAUCAGGCCCUACUACGACCCCCUCUUCCACCUUCACCCCUUCGCUCCCCGACUGGUCUACAGCAGCCCAGGGACGCAUCCUCCCGACUGGGUGGUCAUACCAGUGUCAUCAUCUAGGGAUGGGCUACCGAGGGUGGCUGCAGCCUUCCGCCGCGAGUUGGGAAGGUCCGGUAACAGCGCUGAUGGCUCUAGCAGCUCUCACCCAACACCGCCGAAGCAUGCCCAUGGGGAGACCAUAUACGAUGUAUCCGAGCCUCGAGAGCCCACACCCUCUGAUGGGGAGUUCGUAGUGGGCAUGAGAGGCUUCGCUCCUCCUGGUAAGGGUUGCCUUAGUAGGGUCAUGCAGUGGAUCGACAACUCUACCAUCGCUAAGUUGGAGGGGCUGCGUUCCUUGCUGGCAGAGCUGUAUUCGAUGGAGGCGCCGGUCCAUGACCAAGUAGCUUUCGGGGCCUUCGUGAGGAGAGGCCUGCUGGGCGAGGACCCUCACCUUACCACCUUCCAUAGGCUAUACCAAGGCAUCGAGCACCUUCGAGGGCGUAAGUGUGGCACCGAGGAAGCUACCAAUACUCAAUGUGGGGUCGUUGGUGACGAUGUCCGACCACUGGAAUGCCCUCAGCUUUUCCGGAAUGCUCCUGUCGAUGUAUACGUACUGUUGGAUGAGGACGGUGAUGGCCGGGUCAGCUUGUCGGAGUGGACGAGAUUUGGUAGAAUCGUGCGAGCUCCCGCGUUUGUCUUCACGGAAGAGUCUUUCGUGGCCUUUGCGACAAAGGAGGAUCCGCAGUACGUCUCUAUCAAGGAGGUGGACGACAUUUUCCGAGCCAUAGGCCAGGGAGAGCUGCUGACCUCCAUGGCUGAGCGUGAUGGUCACGUCCGUACGGUUAUGGACUCGCUGGCCCUGGAGAGCCGCUUCUCGCAGCUGGACAACUUUAGAAGCUUUGAGCUGUCCUUGGAAGAGGUCGGCUGGACGACCCUGUCGGGCAGAGGGUUGUUCUAUUAUCUUGACACCAACCGUGAUGGGUAUCUCUCUCGAUACGAGUGGCAGAGGAUGCUCAUCAUCAACAGGGCCCCGAUAGCUGUCAGGCGGCUCGCCCUUUGGCUCACUGAGGGCUUCGAGAGCGGCCCCUUCCCUUUACCCAAGGGCCCUUUCCUGGCUGCUACCCAUGCCAAGCUGGCUCGACUCCCACCGACGUAUGCACGUCUAGUGGAUAGGACUCUGGACUCAUUGGGGACGGGCCGACCAAGUGAUGCUGACUAUAGCAUCCUCAGAGCCAUAGGGGGAGGCACUGAGAUGGCCAACCUGGUGGCGUCGGAGGUCCUCUUGGGUUAUCGCAGGAGGCCUAGGCUCAGCUGGCAUCCAAUAGCCAGGGGUAGUGGUGCCGGCCUGAUGAGGACGCCUCUGGUAGAAGUAGCGGACGCGGCGGCUGAUGGUAUGGUGGAAGAGGGAGAGGCCGAGCAGGUCCUGCCGGAGGGGGGUCUUGGAGGGCCAGGAGGAGUCCCGGGAUCCUUUAUGGAGAUGGGGAGGUUGACGUCUGAGGCCCAUAUGAAGGUGGCGCGGUACUCGAUAGGGGCUCUUGCUUCGGGCCGGAGGGUCCCUUACGAGACCUUUCGAGACUUUGGAAGGAGUCUGAAGGCCCGAGAAGGGGCAUUCACUGAGGAGGUGUUCCAUCUGUUCGUUGGUGGGGAUGAGACUAGCAAUGAGAUCACCGUGGACGACUUCGAUCGGCUACACCUCAGCUCUAAAGAUAUGAGGAACCUUCGCCGAGUGUACCUUGUAUGUGACUCGCUCGCUAUCAUGGCCAAGUUCGAUGAGAUGGACAGGGAUGGAGACGGACAGCUGGGGAGAGGGGAGGUCCCUUUGGAGCCACAUCAGGCUUGGGUGUACGGAGUCCUGGAUCGAGAUGGCUCGGGUUGGGUGUCCCUAUCGGAGCUGCAGGUCCUGGCUGGUAUGCACCCUGACGCCGUCCCACCCAGUGCCCUAUGGCUCAGCAGGAGGGUCUCGGCUACAUCAUUGUGGACGGCAGAAGGGAUCAGGGAGAAAUUCCAGAGCCUGUCGCCUUACCAACAGUCGGAGGUUGGGCAGGUCCUCGAUGUCAACGGCGAUGGGUACCUAGACGACCACGAACUGUCAUUGCUACGUCUCUUCACCGAGGGAGAGCUCAUUGAGGCCCUCUUGCCACCGUUGCUCUAUGAGCCUGGUAGGGUUUCCCUUGAUUCAAUGUGGGAUAGGAGACGUUUCUUGGCGAACACUAGGAGGAUGCAAAGCAUGACCAAUGUCUUCACUGUGAAGGCAUUCGAGGCGCUAGCAGUUCCCUCGAGGGGUCCUGUGAGGGCGGCCGUCGAGGUGCCCGUGGAGGUUGUGAAGGGGUGGUUGUAUGCAGUGGGGAGAAGGCGGCUGAGGGAGCUAUUGAGAGUCUUCAGUAUGAUCAACGCUGAGGCUUUCUUCAAGAGUGCCGAUAUUGAUAAGGACGGGAGGGUCACUUUAGAGGAGCUGGAGAGGUUAUUUCCUCCCUUGAGGGGCAUGAAUGAGGUAUUGGAGGCCAUCGGGAGUGAGGGCCCUGACGGUACCACCUCCCUCGACUGGCCAAGUCUGCAACAGCUCAUCUACGCCUUCACGGCACCGCUACAGGUGGCCGUCUUUGCGUUGGACGUCGUGGCCAAGUCAAAAGGGUCGGACAUGCACGCUGUGGCGAGUCGGGUCCUACGGGGAAUAGGUCCCGAGGAGAAGGCAGCCGUACUGAACGUGUUCGAUGUGGACCGCGAUGGUGAGCUCGAUGAGGUGGAGGUCCCCUUGCUGGGUCUACUUGGACGAAGCGAGACCGUUGAGACCUUCAACGCCAUCCAGUACCAAGGCUUCAAGGUGGUCAUGGAGGCCUCACUCGAGGUCCCUGCGUCGGCACUAUUGGAGACGGACAGACCACAGCUGGAAGGGCCCGAGGGCUACGCGACUGUAUCGGGCUAUAGAGCAGAUGCUGAUGGGGACCAUCGGUUGUCUAUGAAGGAGAUGGAGGACUAUCGGGAUGUCAUAGGGGCCAGCCAUAAGGUGGUGUCUAAGGAGGUCAGUGUCUGGAUUGAGGGCUCCGCCAAGGAGAAGCCCUCGACGGUCGGGUUGGUCUACGGCUUGGUGGAGGCAUUGCAGCUACAUGCUAAGUUCGUGGAUAUGGACCGCGAUGGGGAUGAAGAACUCAGCAAGGAGGAACUCGUUGGGGUCGGCAUCAAGGCUGAGGAGGCGGCUUGGUUGAGGCACCUCCUUGGUACUGUCAACAGCUCUUCGAUAUCAGAGAGGGAGUGGAUGACGUUGGCGGGUACCUCCUAUGAGGCGGCUCCUGAUGCAGCUGUGUGGGUGGCGACCAAGCUACCCCAACGCGAUAAGAACUAUACGGUGGACUUGGCGAGAGUGAUGGUAGUGGCGUUACGACAGCUGGAUACUUUGACCAAGGACGAGGUGGAAGAUGCCCGGGACUUCAUUGACAUCGAUGGGGAUGGGAAGUUGUCAGCAUCAGAAUUCGGCUGUCUGAGGCUGCUAGGGGAUAUGCAUCACGUGGUGGAGUUGAUAUUGCCGCUUGAAGGGGCUCUAGAGGCCCCGCCUGUCGCGGAAGACUUGACUGAGGUAGCUUUCGAAGAGUUGGGGAGGAGGAUCAGGGGCGAUGAGAAGAUAUUCGGCGCGGAGGCUUUCGCGCUUCUGUCCGACCCUAGAAGGAAGCUCAUCCCGGUCCGGGUCCUCAGCAGGUGGAUGCAGCUCCGCAAUAGGAAGCACCUUCGGCCGGUGGCUGGGAUGUUCUCUGCAAUGAACAUGGACUCGCUGUUCUACAGCUUGGACCGGGAUAGGGAUGGGAGGUUGUCGAGGGAUGAGCUCAACUGGGAGGAAGAGGAUGCUCACUUGCUCAUGGAGGAGUUGACUCGAACUGGAUCCCAAGGAGACCGGGCUGGGCUAUCGAGGAAGAGUUUGCAGUACUGGGUUCUCGCCCAUUCGACCCCUCGAGAGGCGAAGCUCGACAUGAUUGGUCGAAGGAGCACCGCUGGCAAUUCGUCUGAGGAGGGGCUGAAGAGGCCUGAGGAGGGCGGGAAGGAGUGGCAUAAGCCGACAAAGAGAAGGAAAGGCGUGAAGGCCGACCAGGACCGCAACCAGUCGCGAGGCCUUGGAUAUGAAAAGCUUCUCUAUGGCGCGCCGGAGGGCGUCUCCCACCGGGACAAGUUCGGAGAGGCAUUGAGGCGCGGCUUUGAGGCGGACCUGAGCAUCUCUUCUGAUGGGUUACCUCAUCUGACCGUAUCGGCCUACGUAUCGGACAUAGAUGGCGAUGGAGUCCUCUCCCAUGCUGAGUUAAAUGUCAUGAGGGCCCAUAGUGGGUCCUAUAGGAGGCUGUUCCCAGUGGAGGUCCUGAAGCUGCUGGGAGAUAAUACUACUGGUACAGUGGACAUGCAGUACUUUGAAGCCCUCCAUCUGGCGACCAAACACUCAGCGAACCUUCCGUUGAUUUACCGAUUUGUCGAGGCUUUACUGUUGCAUGAUCGAUUCAUGCAGUUUGAUAAGGAUGGCGACAAUGAGCUCACCUUGGAGGAGGUCGAGAUUAAGGCUGAGGACGCGGACAAGAGAUGGUUCUUCGGAGUACUGGACUCUGACGGGUCUGGGAAACUGUCACGAACAGAGUGGCAAAGGCUCGCUGGUCGCAGCCAAGAUGCUACCCCUGCUGUCGUGAAGUGGAUGGCAACGAAUAAACUCCCGAGAAGGGAUGAUAGCGUUGAGAAGGAUACCGCUAUCGUCACUGUAAAGGUGAUGGGUGAGCUGGCCAAGUCGGGCAAGCAGGAUGUCGAUGAGCUUGUUCGGUUCCUAGAUGAGGAUGGCGAUGGCAAAGUGGCUCCUUCUGAAUUCGGCCUGAUUCGUCUGGCUUCGGAUCUCAUGCCCAUCAUGGAGGAGCUGAUACCCUACGGGCCGCUGGGCCAUGGUGUCGUCUCUGCCGAUCUCACGCGAGGCACAUUCCUUGAGCUUGACCAGACCCUCAAGGCUGGCAGAGGGAUUUUUGCUGACUCGAGCUUCGAUGAUUUGUCGGUGGAUGGCGCGAUCCCUUUGGAAGUGAUCACUCCAUGGACGAAAUUGAGAGCCUCUAGGUUACUCGGCCAGGCAGUGCAGCUCUUCGAUGCGGCUUCUCUCGCCUCGCUAUUCUAUCAUCUCGACACCGAUAGGAACGGCCUCCUGUCAGCAGAGGAGCUCGGCUGGGAUGAGACUUUCGAUGAGAUUGUUGACAUACUGUGGGAAGAUGAGGAGGAGGGAAGGCGGGGAGUGUCCCGUCAGGCGCUGCAGAAAUGGGCUUACAUCCGGACGGUCCCUUUAGAGACGCACUUCCUGUUAUUUGAGUCCUCAAUGCUUCGCGAUGGCUAUCUCAGCGACGGACUGUUACUUAGGCACCGCUCUCGGCUGGAGGUGUCCAGCGCUCCGGAAUUGAAGAUUCGGUUGAAGUCGCUGCUAAAAGGCGUGCCGGAAAAAGGCCAUGGGAAGAAGCAUCGCGACAGCGAAGAGACGACUGAGGGACUCGAGUUCUUCGACUUGGACGGCAGUGGUGAAAUCGAGGAGAGUGAGGCUGUUCUGGUACAGCUGCUACUUGGGCCCGAUGCCGGCAGGGCGAGUUUUGAGGAGGUCUUUACUGACCUGCUGAAGAAGGCCUUUGGAGCUGAUAGGGAUCUGGGAGGCGCUAUGGUGGAAUCUAUGUGGCACGAUUCCCUCUUCGAGAUAGGCUCGCCGCGGCCUGAGGAGUCCACUGAGGGUCUUGAUGCCGUCGCGGCAUUUCAUGAUAGGCGACCGAUGGCGGUGUUCCCGGAGACUAGGCUGACACGGAGGAGUUGGAUAGAGUUUGGACGCCAGCAGCUUGGGGCCGGUCGUACCUUUUCAGCCGAGGUCUUUGACUUAUUGCGAAGCUGCGUCGGUCAGGAGGGCCUAUCAUGGAGAGGUCUCGAGAGCUUAUAUCGGGUUCUCAAGGACGGCCGGGGGACGACUCGUCUUGUCAAACUCAUGCGUUCGAUUGGGUUGGAAGCGAGAUUCACUGAGCUGGACGUUGACCGGGACGGAUGGCUGUCGCGGGGCGACAUGGGAUGUGCCUCGGAGAGUUCUACUGUUGAGACCGCUACCGGCACUUCGAGCAUCUGCUUGGCCUAUGAGAGGCUCAUGUCGUUGGUCCCGUCGGAGGCUCUUGGACGAGGGGAGUGGCAGGUCUUGGCCCUGAUCGACCCAGAGACGCUACCGCCAGCGGCCUCACUGUUCGUCUCUAAAUUGGCUCGGCGCUAUGAUGGGUCUGGCGAUCCUCUUGCUGGUUAUGAAGAGGUCCUCCGGGGCUUCCCUGAUGCUGUACGUGUCUCCAUUAAAGACUUCAUCACUUCUACCGAUGUCGAGUUGACCAUGACCAUCAUGCGCUUGGCUGUUGCGCGGGACGGACUGCUCCCGCUGGUCAGCAGUGAGGGAGAUGCAAUUGUCGAAGCGGUCGGCCUGAUGGAUGCAAAUACUGAUGGCCACAUAGACGCCCAUGAGUUUAUCGAUUACGGCAUGGCCGUGCACAGCCCUGACGGGGUCUUUUCAAUGGAGACCUUCGACUCUCUCCUUGACAUUGGUGCUGAUACCAUACCGGUGGAGGCUCUCGUGGUGUUCAGUCGACUUUGCGGCUGCGGAAGCGACUUGAUUUCCCUCGUUGGGGCGGCCUUCAGUGCCGUCAAUAUGAAAGCGCGGUUCCAGAUGUUGGACACUGACCAUGAUGGUGUCCUCUCUCGGGUCGAGCUUGUCGGUGCAGGAGGGACUGUCGGCCGCAGAGCUCUCAAGUUGCUCUCGCUUAUCGAUAUGGACAGCAGUGGGAGCAUCUCUCUCAAGGAGUGGCAGCAUUGGUCACGGCUGGAAGCGGCAGCACCGAUAGAACUCCGGCAAGUAGCCCUCUUGGUGGAAUCCAGAGCGUCCCAUGGGGCGUCGACGUGGACCUUUGAUGGGCUCACCGGGGAGGCUCGAGUCCUCGCUGGAGAAUAUCUGGACUAUAAUGGCGAUGGCAUGGUGUCGGCGCGGGAGUUGGGCAUGCUAGGGCUGCUGGGUGGUGAGGACUGGACCCGAAAGGUGUGGUAUGAGCAGCUCUAUCAUGGGUUCGAGGCCGCUCUUGGAGCCUCGUUAAGCCCGGCAAUGUCGUUGUUACAAACCGAGCAUAAGACAAUAGAUGACGCAGCAGACAAACCUGAACGGGGAAUGGACCUGAAGAGGUUUCGAGAAUACCUGGGUGUUACAUCUCCGAGCUCACACAAUGCUGCAGUGGCAGCAUUCGCCUACCUCGAUACCGAUGCUGAUGGGAGAAUCAAUGCUGAUGAAGGUUUGCGUGUCGAAGGGGUCAGAAAGUACCUCAGUGACUAUGGCUUUAUUCGUCUGGUCUCGGACACCAUAGCCGUAUGGACUCAGGAGGUGUGUUUGGAAUUAUCUCUUUGGUCCGGUCUAGGAGCCCAUUUGGUGUCUUCCCUCAAGGUUACUCAAGGGUCUUCGACCGAUACUGUUUCUCUAGUGCGACUCGCUGCUCACGGCGACGCUGACCAAUGCAGCGCUCGUCAGCUCAGUGCUGAGCUCUAUGAGUCCUACAACAUUCACAUCCCCGAGGGCUUGGUCGAGAUUCCUUGGCAGUUGUGGCGACUGGUCGUCUGGAGGCACUUGACGAGCGAGUUCGUCGAGGGCGGAGAUGAGAUGAGCUCAUGGCAGUCACUGCAUAUCGAUUGA